AUGUCAAAGGUUUUUCCUGACGUCCAGAAGCCAGAGUCUUCUGCCGAAUUGCUGGUAACUCCUAAACUAGCUAAAAUAUAUCUUAAAGCUUCUAUGCCUCCCGCUCCUUUGGAUGAUCAAGAUGACUUUGACACUUCUUGCUGUCUUGACGGCAGUGACCAUGGUGUCUGCUCCGACCCCAGCAUCAUGGCCAUGAUCAAUAAUCCGCUGACCUUGCCUUGUCUUCAUUCUUCCGACGAAAAUGGUCUCUUCCAGCCUAAUAUACCUAUUUUUAGUCCCCUCCCGCCUCCGUCGCCACCGUCGCCGACUUUGUUUGCCAGGCCAUCCUCACCGUUACCUUCGUUUGUCUCGUCGCCUGUCUCUCAAGUUCGACCUCUCCUCCCACGCUUAAGAGACUCCAUGGUUUCUCACAAUGGUCCAGGAAAAUCUGGGCUUCAACGACUAGAGCGCAGCCCGUUGCGCAGUGGACAAGCGAAUCAUCUCAUCUCUUCACGAACCCAUCUCUCUCAGACCUUUCUACCUCCAUCUAAUCGAUCUUUAUCUCCGCACUAUUCUUCCUUCCUUUCGUCUGAAGAACUUUCCUUCCGUUUGCCUCUAGAGGCCACUUCGAACGCCAUCUCCUUGCCUGGUACCGGUGUCUGGCAUGAAGAAUUAUGA